GGUUCCUUUAAUAGGAGCGAUCAGUCCGGCUCCGAGAGUCAUGGCGACUACAGCAUCCAAUCAUUACAAUAUCCUCACCUCCAGUCCAUCUAUUGUACACUCGGAGCCUGGAAGCAUGCAGCAAGCUACGGCUUACAGGGACGCGCAAACCCUGUUGCAGAGUGACUACUCACUGCAGAGCAACAGUCACCCGCUCAGCCACGCGCACCAGUGGAUAACAGCCUUGUCACACGGAGAAGGAGGUCCGUGGUCGUCCAGUCCCCUCGGCGAGCAGGACAUCAAGCCAGCGGUGCAGAGCCCCCGGGACGAGAUGCACAAUUCCAGCAAUCUCCAGCAUCAGUCGCGGCCACCCCACCUGGUACAUCAGACGCACGGGAACCAUCACGAUUCAAGGGCAUGGAGAACAACGACGGCAGCUCACAUCCCCAGCAUGGCCACAUCGAACGGACAGAGCCUUAUUUAUUCGCAGCCCAGCUUCAGCGUGAACGGUCUCAUUCCGGGCAGCGGCCAGGGCAUCCACCACCACAGCAUGCGCGACGCGCACGAGGACCACCACAGCCCGCAUCUCAGCGAUCACGGCCAUCCACCGUCCCAGCACCAGCACCAGUCGCACCAGAGCCACCACGACCACUCGGACGAGGACACGCCGACCUCGGACGACUUGGAACAGUUCGCCAAACAGUUCAAGCAGAGGAGGAUCAAGCUGGGCUUCACGCAGGCGGACGUCGGACUAGCUUUGGGAACGCUCUAUGGAAAUGUGUUUUCGCAGACCACAAUAUGCAGGUUUGAGGCCCUGCAACUCAGCUUCAAAAACAUGUGCAAGCUCAAGCCUUUGUUGAACAAGUGGUUGGAGGAGGCAGACUCCACAUCUGGAAGCCCCACGAGCUUGGACAAGAUAGCAGCGCAGGGGAGGAAACGGAAAAAGAGGACUUCCAUCGAGGUAAGCGUCAAAGGGGCUUUGGAGAGCCAUUUCCUUAAGUGCCCAAAGCCAGCCGCGUCGGAAAUUACUUCACUGGCGGACAGUCUGCAGUUGGAAAAAGAGGUAGUGAGGGUUUGGUUUUGUAACAGGAGACAGAAAGAAAAACGGAUGACUCCUCCCGGCGGACCUCUACCGGGUACCGAGGACGUAUACGGAGACACGCCGCCGCAUCACGGGGUUCAGACGCCAGUUCAGUGAGGGGGGAGAGAAAAACACUCAAAAAACACUUACAAAACAAGGACAUAUCUUAUCAUAUUGACUGCUUCAGUCUUCAUUUAUGAUUAUGUUCACAUUGGAACUAUCCAAAGUGAAAGCAGCUGCGGUUUAGACUACUGAGGCGGGCGAGCAGAUUAUAUCCGUCUUCAAUGUUUCUCAAUAUUCGUAGGCUACUGCUGCAACAGAGAGGGGGACCGUGCGUUCCCUGCGCGAGCAAAGAGAACGGUUGUUCUGUGAAUACCCAGCACUGUGAAAAGACGCAGUUUUAAGGUGUAACCCUACUAUUUAUCAAACACUUUGAGACGAGCGAAAUGUCCCUCAAACGCGAGCAUGGGUGUCCCAUAGCCAGUUGUUUACAUCGAGACGCAUUCACUGCAUUUGCUUUUGCAGGCUUAGCCUGAAAAGUGACUAGUGCUGCAGCAUUUGACAAAUACACGCCAUUUUUACUUUUGUUGUGGGCGACUGAGGGUGAACAUCGAUUCUACUGAAAAACAACAUCAGUGUGACAUGCAUCUAUCUACAGUAUUUGACUAUUUAUUUUGAUCAAAAGGCCUUUAAACGUUUAUUAUUAUUAUUAUUAUUAUUAUUAUUAUUAUUAUUAUUAUUAUUAUCAGGCUAUUUUAGAUACAUUAUAUUUACUUAUAGAAACACAGUGAUGAGGUGCAAGGUCACACUAAGCAGAUGUUGUAGUCUUGGCGCCAAGAAAUUAGUCACACACAAUUGAUUCUAGUCUCUUCUAGUCUCCGUUUUAUCAAUACGGAUGCUCUAAAUUGAAAAGAAAUCAAAAGAAACUUCCAGCAUCGAGCUGCAGACAGGUCGCCGAAGGGCUAGAGAAAGAAACCUGGCAUUUUUCUUCGAUAAAAGACGUAUCACCAUAAAAUACAAUUGAUUGACAGGACUCCACACAGUGCUGUAAAUAUUGUAUAAUUUUUAAAGGACAUAGCUACGUUAUUCUCUCACUUGAGCACUUUUUCGUAUUAUUUUGAAUUGGGGAAAUAUUUUAGAGGUUUUGGUUUAUUUUUAUUUGCGUCUCGAUUUGUUUUGACAUUAGAGUUGGUCUAUUUUGCCUUUAUAUUUAUAGUCAUUUUAGCCGAAUAUUGCUUGCUAUCUCUCGCGUGAGUCAGUUGCUUUUUAACCCACAUUCAGCUGCUUUUUUAUAAAUUAAUGAGCUGACUUUACUAUAUGUUUAUGUAUAGUAAACAAUGUUCAGUUUUCAACAAUGUUAGCACUAUUUUCUACCCAACGAAUUCAAUAUUAUAUAUCUCAAACAUUUGAAUGUCUUUUUUUAAUUAUUUUGAAAUAGAGGUUAUUUACACAGUAUUGUGGAGAAUGGGAAAAGCAAAUGAUGUGACAUGCAAUAUUUUCAUUUCAAGUCAAAUAAUUCUUCAUUGGUCCAUAUGACAAAGCGGUUUUUGUGUAUUUUAUAAUUUCAUCAAGCAUAUCAAUCGGAAACACGAGCACUAUUAUUGUCAGUAUUGCUGUUAUUAUUAUUAUUAUUAUUAUUAUUAUUAUUAUUAUUAUUAUUAUUAUUAUUAAAUAGUCUCCACGUUUACCCAAUAACGGAUCUAAGGAUACUUGGGUUUUUGAUUGAUCAGUUUAGUUUUCUUUGUAUUUUUUUUUUUUUCUUGUGUGUUUUGUAAUUCUUCGUUGUGUUAGUCCCGCUUCGCCUUUAUAGGGACACGAUGCAGUGAUGAUUUACUGAAAAUGUAAACACUGGAAUAUUUGCAAAAAUGGGAAUAUAUUUUCCCAGUGGCUUGCUAUACGUGUGUAAAUACAGCAAUCAGAAAUUAUUAUUAUUUUUAUUUUCUUAUUGUAUUAUUUUUGCUUACAUUUUAAUUCAUAUUUUUAAUGUAAAUCUAUUCCACUGAAAUUCCAGGGACAUCUGUUUUUAUCUUUUUGUUUUGUUCCUUAAAAGAAUCAUUUACAUAGAUUAAUUGAUCAAACUGUCAUGUAAUUCAAAGACUGUGGGAGCUAUUUAUUUGUCGUUUUAUUUCCUCUGUCAGAAAGACUCCAUCAAACGUUGAACUGGAUGAAAUUGUGGGUAUAAUAAAAUGCGCAGAGGUUGUGAUAGAAAUUU